AUGAAGCCCAGAGCCGAGUGCUGUUCUCCCAAGUUCUGGUUGGUGUUGGCUGUCCUGGCCGUGUCAGGCAGCAGAGCUCGCUCUCAGAAGAGCCCCCCCAGCAUUGGCAUCGCUGUCAUCCUCGUGGGCACUUCCGACGAGGUGGCCAUCAAGGAUGCCCACGAGAAAGAUGAUUUCCACCAUCUCUCCGUGGUACCCCGUGUGGAGCUGGUAGCCAUGAAUGAGACUGACCCAAAGAGCAUCAUCACCCGCAUCUGCGAUCUCAUGUCCGACCGGAAGAUCCAGGGCGUGGUGUUUGCCGACGACACAGAUCAGGAGGCCAUUGCCCAGAUCCUUGACUUCAUUUCAGCCCAGACUCUCACCCCCAUCCUGGGCAUCCACGGAGGCUCCUCUAUGAUAAUGGCAGAUAAGGAUGAAUCCUCCAUGUUCUUCCAGUUCGGCCCAUCAAUUGAACAGCAAGCUUCCGUGAUGCUCAACAUCAUGGAAGAGUAUGACUGGUACAUCUUUUCUAUCGUCACCACCUACUUCCCUGGCUACCAGGACUUUGUAAACAAGAUUCGCAGCACCAUCGAGAACAGCUUCGUGGGCUGGGAGUUGGAGGAAGUCCUCCUGCUGGACAUGUCCCUAGAUGAUGGAGAUUCUAAGAUCCAGAACCAGCUCAAGAAACUUCAAAGCCCCAUCAUUCUUCUUUAUUGUACGAAGGAAGAAGCCACCUAUAUCUUUGAAGUAGCUAACUCAGUAGGGCUGACUGGCUACGGCUACACGUGGAUUGUGCCUAGUCUGGUGGCAGGGGACACAGACACAGUGCCCUCGGAGUUCCCCACGGGGCUCAUCUCUGUGUCCUAUGACGAGUGGGACUACGGCCUCCCUGCCAGAGUGAGGGAUGGAAUUGCCAUAAUCACCACCGCUGCUUCCGACAUGCUGUCUGAACACAGCUUCAUCCCCGAGCCCAAGAGCAGUUGUUACAACACCCAUGAGAAGAGAAUCUACCAGUCCAACAUGCUCAAUAGAUAUCUGAUCAAUGUCACAUUUGAGGGAAGAAACCUGUCCUUCAGUGAAGAUGGUUACCAGAUGCAUCCGAAACUGGUGAUAAUCCUUCUGAACAAGGAGAGGAAGUGGGAGAGGGUGGGGAAGUGGAAGGACAAGUCCCUGCAGAUGAAGUACUACGUGUGGCCCCGGAUGUGUCCUGAGACGGAAGGACAGGAGGACGACCAUCUGAGCAUUGUAACCCUGGAGGAGGCCCCCUUUGUCAUCGUGGAAAGUGUGGACCCUCUGAGCGGAACCUGCAUGAGGAACACAGUCCCCUGCCAAAAACGCAUAGUCUCUGAGAAUAAAACAGAUGAGGAGCCAGGUUACAUCAAAAAGUGCUGCAAGGGGUUCUGUAUUGACAUCCUUAAGAAAAUUUCCAAAUCUGUGAAGUUCACCUAUGACCUUUACCUGGUUACCAAUGGCAAGCAUGGGAAGAAGAUCAACGGAACCUGGAAUGGUAUGAUUGGAGAGGUGGUUAUGAAGAGGGCCUACAUGGCGGUGGGCUCACUCACCAUCAAUGAGGAGCGAUCUGAGGUGGUCGACUUCUCUGUGCCCUUCAUAGAGACUGGCAUCAGUGUCAUGGUGUCACGCAGCAAUGGGACUGUCUCACCUUCUGCCUUCUUAGAGCCAUUCAGUGCUGACGUGUGGGUUAUGAUGUUCGUGAUGCUGCUCAUCGUCUCAGCUGUGGCUGUCUUUGUCUUCGAGUACUUCAGCCCUGUGGGUUACAACAGGUGCCUCGCUGAUGGCAGAGAGCCAGGUGGCCCAUCUUUUACCAUCGGCAAAGCUAUUUGGUUACUCUGGGGUCUGGUGUUUAACAACUCCGUCCCCGUGCAGAACCCAAAGGGGACCACCUCCAAGAUCAUGGUGUCUGUGUGGGCCUUCUUUGCCGUCAUCUUCCUGGCCAGCUACACUGCCAACUUAGCUGCCUUCAUGAUCCAAGAGGAGUAUGUGGACCAGGUUUCUGGCCUGAGUGACAAAAAGUUCCAGAGACCCAAUGACUUCUCACCCCCUUUUCGCUUUGGGACUGUGCCCAACGGCAGCACAGAGAGGAAUAUUCGCAAUAACUAUGCAGAAAUGCAUGCCUACAUGGGAAAGUUCAACCAGAGGGGUGUAGAUGAUGCAUUGCUCUCCCUAAAAACAGGGAAACUGGACGCCUUCAUCUAUGACGCAGCAGUGCUGAACUACAUGGCGGGCAGGGAUGAAGGCUGCAAGCUGGUGACCAUUGGCAGCGGGAAGGUCUUUGCUUCCACAGGCUAUGGCAUUGCCAUCCAAAAAGAUUCCGGGUGGAAACGCCAGGUGGACCUUGCUAUCCUGCAGCUAUUUGGAGAUGGGGAGAUGGAGGAAUUGGAAGCCCUCUGGCUCACUGGCAUUUGCCACAAUGAAAAGAAUGAAGUCAUGAGCAGCCAGCUGGACAUUGACAACAUGGCGGGCGUCUUCUACAUGUUGGGGGCAGCCAUGGCUCUCAGCCUCAUCACCUUCAUCUGUGAACACCUCUUCUAUUGGCAGUUCCGGCAUUGCUUUAUGGGUGUCUGUUCUGGCAAGCCUGGCAUGGUCUUCUCCAUCAGCAGAGGUAUCUACAGCUGCAUCCAUGGAGUGGCCAUCGAGGAGCGCCAGUCCGUGAUGAACUCCCCCACCGCAACCAUGAACAACACGCACUCCAACAUCCUGCGCCUGCUCCGCACGGCCAAGAACAUGGCCAACCUGUCUGGUGUGAACGGCUCCCCCCAGAGUGCCCUGGACUUCAUCCGACGCGAGUCCUCUGUCUACGACAUCUCAGAGCACCGCCGCAGCUUCACCCACUCGGACUGCAAAUCCUACAACAACCCGCCGUGCGAGGAGAACCUCUUCAGCGACUACAUCAGUGAGGUGGAGAGAACUUUUGGUAACCUGCAGCUGAAGGACAGCAACGUGUACCAAGAUCACUACCACCACCACCACCGGCCCCACAGCAUUGGCAGCGCCAGCUCCAUCGAUGGGCUCUACGACUGUGACAACCCGCCUUUCACCACGCAGCCGAGGUCCAUCAGCAAGAAGCCCCUGGACAUUGGCCUCCCCUCCUCCAAACACAGCCAGCUCAGUGACCUGUACGGCAAAUUCUCCUUCAAGAGCGACCGCUACAGCGGCCACGAUGACUUGAUCCGCUCCGACGUGUCUGACAUCUCCACGCACACGGUCACCUACGGAAACAUCGAGGGCAAUGCCGCCAAGCGGCGUAAGCAGCAGUAUAAGGACAGCCUGAAGAAGCGGCCAGCCUCGGCCAAGUCCCGCCGGGAGUUUGACGAGAUCGAGCUGGCCUACCGCCGCCGGCCACCCCGCUCCCCCGACCACAAGCGCUACUUCAGGGACAAGGAAGGGCUGCGGGACUUCUACCUGGACCAGUUCCGCACCAAGGAGAACUCCCCACACUGGGAGCACGUGGACCUGACGGACAUCUACAAGGAGCAGAGCGAUGACUUUAAGCGCGACUCAGUCAGCGGAGGAGGGCCCUGUGCCAACAGGUCUCACCUCAAACACGGAGCGGGCGACAAGCACGGCGUGGUCGGCGGGGUCCCGGCGCCCUGGGAGAAGAACCUGACCAGCGUGGACUGGGAGGACCGCUCCGGCGGUGGCGGUGGCGGCGGCAACUUCUGCCGCAGCUGCCCAUCCAAGCUGCACAACUACUCGGCGGCAGCGGCCGGCCAGAACUCGGCCAGGCCGGCGUGCAUCCGCUGCGAGGCCUGCAAGAAGGCCGGUAACCUGUAUGACAUCAGCGAGGACAACUCCCUGCAGGAGCUGGACCAGCCGGCUGCCCCUGUGGCCGUGACGUCAAACGCCCCCACCACCAAGUACCCCCAGAGCCCGACUAACUCCAAGGCGCAGAAGAAGACCCGGAACAAGCUGCGCCGGCAGCACUCCUACGAUACCUUCGUGGACCUGCAGAAGGAAGAAGCCGCCUUGGCCCCGCGCAGCGUGAGCCUGAAAGACAAGGGCCGCUUCCUGGACGGGAGUCCCUACGCCCACAUGUUUGAGAUGCCAGCUGGCGAGAGCACCUUUGCCAACAACAAGUCCUCAGUGCCCACUGCCGGACACCACCACCACAACAACCCCGGCGGCGGCGGCUACAUGCUCAGCAAGUCGCUCUACCCUGACCGGGUCACGCAAAACCCUUUCAUCCCCACUUUCGGGGACGACCAGUGCUUGCUCCAUGGCAGCAAAUCCUACUUCUUCAGGCAGCCCACGGUGGCGGGGGCGCCGAAAGCCAGGCCAGACUUCCGGGCCCUUGUCACCAACAAGCCGGUGGUCUCGGCCCUUCACGGGGCUGUGCCAGGCCGUUUCCAGAAAGACAUCUGUAUAGGGAACCAGUCCAACCCCUGUGUGCCUAACAACAAAAACCCCAGGGCUUUCAAUGGCUCCAGCAAUGGGCAUGUUUAUGAGAAACUUUCUAGUAUUGAGUCUGAUGUCUGA